AUGGACAGAAUAAAUGUGCCCCCUCCGGGCCCUAUGGACCUUCCUCUGUCCCUGCUGGAGAUGGGAUGCUCUGGCAGGUUUGAACUCAUCACACAUCCUUCCCCGGGCUUGCCUUUCCCUCCACAGAGUACGCUCCCAAAUGGGCUUCCCCCCACCAGCCUGAGCCUGGAGGCUGAGGUGAAGAAGCAGUUUUUGCAGGACCCGGGCUGGCUUCCAUUACAUGACACGGACUUUGCCUUCCAAAGGUUUCUCAAAGUGACACAGAGAAACGUAAACGCCGACUCCCUGCUAAAUUGCGCCGUAUCCCCACUCCAUUCUGGUCUCUCGGUUAUCAGAGAUCCAACCACAGGGAUGCUUUUGGAUUUCACAGAGGUUUCAUUAGAGAACACUGGCCUUUCGGCAAAGAACUCACUGUCAUUACAACGCAAACCCGGACCUCCUUCAGAGAGCCUUCGAGGAAGCAACACAAACUAUCCCUUUCUGCCUGGGGGUAUGGAGGAACUUACGCUUGACCAAAUCAAGAAUAAAUCCGAGUUGGAGCAGGACGUCGACUUUGAGAAUGAUUUGCUACAAGUUCCUCCUGGUUUUAAAGAUGGAAUGGACUUCACUGACAAAGAAACUAAAGUGGCGAAACCUGAGGUCAACCUCAUGACGCUGCUGUCCUCUUCUGAUGAUGUCACGGACUUGGACGUCGAGGCAGAAGCUAAGGAGGAAGGCCAAACAAACAAAAAUCCCGCCAAACUUCCAAGGACAAACAGCCUUGAGGACCUCGGCAUCAAAGAUGCUGCGUCAUCCUCCUCUCGGUUCAGCAAGGGAAAAGAUAGCAACUCCAAGCAGAAGCCAGACGAAACAAAGAAAUGGGCAAUCCCCGUUGACAUAAGUUCACCCUGCGAGGAUUUCUACAAACGCAUUCCUCAUCCAGCUUUUAAGUGGCCGUUUGAACUGGACGUCUUCCAGAAACAAGCCAUAUUGCGACUGGAGGCUCACGAGUCUGUGUUUGUAGCGGCGCACACGUCGGCCGGCAAAACGGUGGUGGCUGAAUACGCCAUCGCCCUCUCUCAGAAGCACAUGACGCGGACCAUCUACACUUCACCAAUCAAGGCCUUGUCCAAUCAGAAGUUUAGAGACUUCAAGACCACCUUUGGGGACGUGGGUCUCCUCACAGGUGACGUCCAGCUCAGUCCUGAGUCUUCAUGUCUCAUCAUGACCACUGAGAUCCUCAGGUCAAUGCUUUACAAUGGUUCAGAAGUCAUCAGAGACUUGGAGUGGGUCAUAUUUGAUGAGGUCCAUUAUAUUAAUGAUGCAGAGAGAGGGGUCGUGUGGGAGGAGGUUCUCAUCAUGUUGCCGGAUCACGUCAGCAUUAUCCUCCUAAGUGCCACGGUGCCAAACGCUCUGGAAUUCAGCGAGUGGAUUGGACGCAUUAAGAAGAGGCACAUUUAUGUUAUCAGCACUUUGAAGAGGCCUGUGCCUUUAGAGCAUUACUUGUACACUGGAAACAACACAAAGACCCAGAAGGAAAUGUUCUUGCUGUUGGAUGCUGCAGGAAACUUCCUGACUAAAGGCUACUACGCAGCUGUGGAUGCCAAGAAGGAGCGUACCAGCAAAUAUGCCCAAUCUUUUGGCACGAAAAAUACAUCCCAGAACACAACAGCCAGUCAAGACCGAGCGGUGUGGCUGACCCUCUUGCACUUCCUGUCCAACCGGCAGCAGACUCCAGUGGUCGCGUUUACCUUCUCUCGCACGCGUUGUGAUGAAAACGCCCGUUCACUUGACUCCAUGGACAUGACUACCUCCAUCGAGAAAGCUGAGAUUCACUCAUUUUUCCAAAAGAGCCUGAGUCGCCUUAGAGGAGGAGAUAGACAGCUCCCUCAGAUUGUACUCAUGAGGGACCUUUUGAAGAGAGGAGUCGCAGUCCAUCAUAGUGGAAUUCUACCCAUAUUGAAGGAGGUUAUUGAGAUGCUUUUCUCAAGAGGGCUCGUAAAGGUGCUGUUUGCGACAGAGACAUUUGCAAUGGGUGUAAACAUGCCUGCCAGGACUGUGGUAUUCGACAGCAUCCGGAAACAUGACGGAACUGGCUUCAGGAAUCUGCUCCCUGGUGAGUAUAUUCAGAUGGCGGGCAGAGCAGGCAGAAGGGGUCUUGACGCCACAGGCACCGUCAUUAUCCUCUGUAAGGCGGGUGUUCACGAGAUGUCUGACCUGCAUGUCAUGAUGCUGGGCAAGCCCACCACCCUUCACUCGCAAUUCAGACUGACCUACACCAUGAUACUAAACCUGCUGCGAGUUGAGGCUCUGCAUGUGACAGAUAUGAUGAGAAGGAGUUUCUCUGAAAGUCACAGAGACACUCAGGCACAUGAAAAAAGGAUCACCCAGCUAAAGGAGACAUUGUCCACUCUUCCCAUUGUGGCCAAUGAGGGCCAGCUGUCUGAUUUGUUGCCAUACUACCACACAGUGACUGAGCUACACACCACGAGAGACAUCCUCCAGCAUGCUAUUCUAGAGUCGGUCAAUGGGCUGAAAGCGCUGUCCGUAGGCCGAGUGGUGGUGGUGAACAACAAGCAGCAUCUCAAUGCGCUGGGAGUUAUCCUGCAGGUGUCCAAUGAUGCCGUGAAUCGCACUUUCACGGCUCUCAUCAUAUGCGACAAAGGCAACGAGGAAGGAGAGGGAAACGGCGAACACAACCAAGCGUUUCCUCACCUCUACAACACCGCACUCUUCAUUCCUGAAGGCCCAUGCAGUCACACGGUGCAAAAACUAAAGUUACAGGAUAUCACCGGCAUCACAGUAAAGACCCUGAAAGUGAUUCCGGACAGGAUUAUAGACAACUACCAAAAGAGACAACAGCCCCGAUUCAGGAUGGAACCACCCGGCCAGGCCAUAUCCACAGCAACCCAAGAGCUCCUGCGUUUGGCCGAGGCCAACCCGGGCGGCAUUGCCACGCUCGACCCGGUUAACGACCUCCAGCUUAAGAGUGUCGAGGUGGUGGAGGCCUCCAUGCGUCUACGCGUGUUGCAGAGCAGCCUGAGUGAAUUCAACUGCAUCCACUCGCCAACUUUCGCAGAGCAAUUUGCUAAAGUUAAGGAGAGGAUGAGUGUCCAAGAGGAGCUGGACAAACUGCUUUUCCUGGUGUCAGAUCAGUCUUUGUCUCUGCUGCCUGAAUAUCAUCAGAGGAUCAAGGUGUUGCAGUCGCUCCAGUACGUGGACAAUGGCGGCGCCGUGCAGCUCAAGGGCCGCGUGGCCUGUCAGAUCAGCAGCCAUGAGCUGCUGCUCACUGAGCUGCUGUUUGAAAACGCGCUGAGCCCGCUAGCGCCAGAGGAGAGCGCCGCUCUGCUGUCCUGUUUGGUCUUCACGCAGAACACGCAAGUGGAACCGCACAUUACCAACACUUUACAGGAGGGCAUUGAUCGCGUGCUGUCAGUAGCCAAGCGUAUAGGAGAGUUACAAAGGGACUGCGGAUUACCGCAAACAGCAGAAGAAUUUGUAGGCCAGUUCAAGUUUGGCCUGACGGAGGUGGUAUACUGCUGGGCCAGAGGCAUGCCCUUCGCCGAGAUCGCCCAGCUGACGGACGUCCAGGAGGGCACGGUGGUGCGCUGCAUCCAGCGUCUGGACGAGGUGCUGAAGGAGGUGCGCCAAGCCGCCCGUAUCGUGGGAGACUCGGUGCUGGGGAGCAAAAUGGAAAAGGCCUCCCUCGCCAUCCGGAGGGACAUCGUCUUUACAGCCUCGCUUUACACACACUGA